AUGGGUGGUAACAAUCUAGGAGGUAAAAUUCCUACAGACCUGGGUUCCUUGUCCAAUCUCUCCUACUUGAUUCUUGCAGCCAAUCAUCUCACUGGAGCUAUCCCACAUUCAAUUGGGAACCUUUCCAAUCUACAUACGCUUUCUCUACCGUACAAUAAUCUAGAGGGAAGCAUUCCCACUCAACUUGGGCAGCUUUCCAAGUUGGAGUAUCCUCAGCUAUCAGCAUACAAUUUGUCCGGUAUGGUUGCUACUUCUCUUUACAAUAUCUCAUCAAUCUAUUUCUUCUCUAUCAAUAAAAACCAAUUGCAUGGAAUUCUACCACUAGAUUUAGGCUUGACACUUCCAAAUUUACCAGGAUUUUAUGUCUCAUCCAAUCAAUUCUAUGGCCAAAUUCCAUCGUCAAUAGCCAAUGCUACGAGACUUGUACAAAUUAGUUUUACCAACAAUUCGUUUACUGGGCCCAUGCCUAUGAAUCUAGGAACCCUUUAUGCUUUAGAAUCUUUUGCUGCUUCUGACAAUUCACUUGGAACAAACCAACACAAUGAAUUAAUGAGCUUCCUCACUUCUUUAUUCAAUUGUUCCAGUCUAACACAAUUGGAUUUGGCUACGAAUCAUUUUAAAGGUUUGUUGCCCCAUUCUAUUGCAAAUCUCUGCACCAAGAUCACUUGGUUGACUCUACAAGACAACUACAUAUUUGGAAGCAUACCCCUUGGUAUUGGGAACCUUGUAAAUUUGCAAUACCUCAUACUCGAUGAUAACAUGCUUACUGGUAGUAUUCCAAAUUCCAUUGGAAAACUCUCCAUGUUGGAAAUCCUCAUGCUUUACAAAAAUAAUAUCUCUGGAGAGAUUCCAUCGUCUAUUAGAAACCUGUGUAGGCUUGGUACACUUGACCUAUCAACAAAUACGAUUGAGGGAAGCAUUCCUAUUUCUUUAGGCAAUUGUACCAAUUUACAACAAAUUUGUCUCCAUUACAAUCAUCUCACUGGAGCAAUACCUUAUCAAAUCUUUGGUCUAUCUUCCUUCGUUUAUCUAUCCUUGAGUCAAAAUUACUUAACAGGCCUACUACCACAAGAAGUGGGUAACUUGAAAAAUCUGGAUGGACUAUAUGUAUCAAAAAUAAACUAUUUGGAGAAAUCUGUGCCACUCUCGGCAAUUGUGAAGUUUUAG